AUGGUGCUUGAAGGUGGCUUAAGAAUGAAGGGACACAAAUGGAAUCAAAAUUAUGAUUUGCAGGUGAUCUCCUUCUUGAAUCUUGGGCCAAGAAGCAGCAAAUUUCAAAAAAUUAGCAUUUGCCAUUGGACUCCCCCAGCUAUUGGUGUCAUAAUGUUUUGCUGUGAUGGUGGCUCAAUUGGUAAUUCAGGAGCAGCUGGUUUUGGGGUAGUUUUCAGAUAUCAUAUUUGUCGGGUACUUGGCACUCUUACUGGUGGCAUUAGAAUUGCAACAAACUAUAUUGCUGAGGCCUAUGCUUUACUCUGUGCUGCUGAAUUAGCUGUUGAAUGGAAUCUACAUCAUAUUAUACUGAACUCUGACUCUGAAACUGUUAUAGCUGAGUUUGCACAAGGACAGGUCCCAUGGAUUAUUAAAAACCGAUGGAUUAAGGUUGUUGGUAAACUUGACUCUAUCAGCUUUUGA